AUGAGUUAUAAAUUAUUACAAAGACAGUUGAGAAGAUUACCAAUACCGAGAAAUAUAAUACUAGAUGGUUCAAGAACUAUAAAACAUUUGUAUUUAAACGAAGAAACUAAACAUUUACAAUCAAUAUUCAAUGAAAUAUUGAAUAAAGAACAAUAUAGAGAUGGUAUACCCAAGUUAUUAGAUUUGAUAUAUAUAAACAAACCAUAUUGGUUAAUAGAGUUAGAUUCUUUGAAAUAUACUAAAUUUAAAGGAUAUUGGCCUGAAGUUCAUUUAAUUGAAGAAUUAACAAAUAAUAAAUAUUUACUCGAUCGGUACUAUGGAAAUUAUCAAAAACUGUUUUCAGUUGUUAAAUUCAUGGGUGAAAAACCAAAUGAGACCUUACCGUUAAUAACAAGAGCCGAAAAAGAUCAUCAUAUCAACGAGGUUGUCAAUAAUGCAAAAAAUGCAUUCAAAUUAAUAAUUUCAAAUAAGACAAUAUUUGAAGUUUCAAAAAGACCAUUUGAAGUAUUAUACUUUCCUUCAAAAUUGGGUAAAAUAGAAUAUCAAAAGGGUAGAGAAAUAAGAUUCAAGAAUAAAAUAAAGUACGUAAAAGAAUUGUUGAAUAAAUUUCCACCAAUGGAGAAAUCACAAUUAAUUAAAUUAUUUCAAAGUAUAAAUCAACCUAUAACUCCAAAUUUUUAUAAACAUCUACGGAGAAGAAGAGCAAAUUAUAAUAAGAUAGAUAGAGAUGUAUUGAAUUUAAUUAUGAAAGUUGGUCCUGUUUCCGACCAAGAUUUUCAUGAAAUUUUUCAAACUUAUAGUGAUAGACAAUAUACUUAUUCAGAAGGUAAUUAUAUUAUUUACUCAAAUUUGAAGACUGUAUAA